CCCGCCACCGCCGGGACUUCCCGGACGCUCCCGUGGUUCGGCUAUGUGUGCCCGGUGACCGGGCGGCUUGGAGGGCACAGGACCUGAGACUUAGGGAAGGAAUGCUGGCUCGGUUUUGAGUGACUUGGGGAGAGAGUCAAGAAACCCCAAAAUGGAGGACUUCUCUACUAGGACCUAUGGCACCAGUGGUCUGGACAACAGACCUCUGUUCGGAGAGACGUCGGCCAAGGAUCGAAUCAUCAAUUUAGUUGUUGGCAGCUUAACAUCCUUAUUGAUUCUAGUAACGCUGAUCAGUGCUUUUGUUUUCCCUCAACUACCUCCAAAACCGUUGAAUAUAUUUUUUGCCGUCUGCAUCUCUUUGAGUAGUAUUACUGCCUGCAUACUUAUCUACUGGUAUCGACAAGGAGACUUAGAACCGAAAUUUAGAAAUCUAAUUUACUAUAUCUUAUUUUCUAUCAUCAUGUUAUGUAUAUGUGCGAACCUGUACUUCCAUGAUGUGGGAAAGUGAGACUGCCAAAGAGAAAAUACUUACCAGGUCUCUUCAAAGCUCUAAGGACUCUGAAUAAGAGCUGGGUAAGGUCUGCUGAAGAAUCUCCUACACAAGUCUGACACAUGAUUUUCAUGUUACUUGUAAAUCUAAAUUCCCUCUUGCAGGGGAGACAUAUCAUAGAUCACUUUGCUUUUUCUUUUAAGGAGCUGGUGUUGCACUUAAAACAUUCCAGCCGCACCUCAAACAGCACAAGUAAUUUUCACUUUUGAAAUUAAAAAUUUUUAUAAUGUAAUUGCAUGGCGAAAGGCUAUGUAACAAAUAAUCUUGCAUUUUAAGACAAAUAUUCUUUUAUUUCUGUUAAACUGAAUAUACAGUUGUUCCCUAGGCAACCAACUUUUGCUUUUAACUACAAUUUAAUAUCACGUUAACAAAACACAGACGGUGAAAAGACAACUUUUGAUUGUGAAGGUCUAAUUACAAUAAUAAAUAAAAUAAUUUAUACAA